AUGUCAGAAGAGACUCCACACAAGAUGCCAGAAGAAGCUCCACACAAGACAGAUGUCCAUACUACGAUAGCUAGUGUGGACAUCGAUCCACGCGUAGAGCGUGCGCUGGUCUGGAAAUUCGACCUGCGUUUGCUCCCCGUGCUGGCUAUAAUGUACCUCUUCAACAGUCUCGAUAAGUCUAACUUGGGAAAUGCCAAAACAGCUGGACUCGAGAUAUUUUUUUUCGUUCCCUAUGUCCUCACGGCACCCUUCCUUGGUCUCCUUGGAAAGAAGAUUGGACCCAAUAUUGUUCUUCCCUCUAUGAUGCUGGUCUUUGGUACCUGCACCAUUCUUGUGGUUACUGUCUUCAACUUCAGUGGCCUUUUUGCCAUUCGGUGGUUCUUGGGUAUGGCUGAGAGUGCUUUCUUCCCGCUGGUCAUCUAUUAUCAAACAACUUUCUAUCGUCGUGGAGAACUGGCCCGCCGACUCGCCAUCUUUUACGCAGCACAAAGCAUUGCCUCUGCAUUCUCGGGUCUACUCGCUUUCGGUGUCUUCCGUAUUGAGACCGGUCCUCUAGCAUCGUGGAGAUAUCUAUUUCUUAUUGAAGGCUGUGGUACUGUCAUUUUCGCCCUUUUCGCCCUAUGGUAUCUGCCCAGAUCGGCUGCCGAAGCUACAUUUCUUUCGCCCGAGGAAAAGGAGGUCGCAUAUCUGCGAUUGCAAAUUGACAGUUCCUCCGUGGUUGACGAGAAACUCAACAUUCGCGACGCAUUCCGCAUUUUCAAGCACUGGACCAGCUGGGCGAUUCUGGCAAUCCAAAUCUGCCUUGGUGUCCCGCUUCAGGGUGUUCAGUUGUUUUUGCCUGUGAUCAUUCAACGCCUCAAUUAUGGCACUGUCAAGACUAACUUGUUCACUGUGGCUCCCAACGUGUCAGGUGCUGCCAUGCUGCUCAUUUUGGCAUUCUGCAGCGACUGGACACGAUGGAGGUUUCCAUUUAUUGCACUGGGCUUCUUCUUUACCUUUGUCGGAUUCAUCAUCUACGCAACCAUUGAUGUGCAGAACGAUAUCAACGUCGCUUAUUUUGCUUCCUUCAUGAUGACCUGGGGUACAUCUGCACCUUCAGUCCUCCUUGAUGCCUGGUAUAAUAACAACAUCGCCAAUGAGGGUCGUCGUGUGGUUUUGACCAGCAUCGCCGUUCCCGUGGCCAAUCUCAUGGGUGUUGUGGCCUCCAAUAUUUUCCGUACUCAAGACGCGCCGAAAUACUUGCCGGCAUUGAUCACCACCGCGAGCUUUGGUGGGACUGGAAUUAUCUUGACUAUCUGUCUCGGAGUUUGGAUGAUGAUGGACAACAAGAAACGGGAUCGUGCUCAAGGCUUGCAUGUCAAAGCGAAGGACAUACCGACCGAGUAUCUCCAAGACGGACCAGCCAGCGAAGCUUUCCGCUGGUUUUAUUAA